AUGGACGUCCAUCGCUCGCGCUUCGUGCAAUAUCCUGUACGACCCAUCACAGCAAUCGCUUUCACACGAUCCAGCGAUGAAAAGCUUCCGAAGGGCUUCCCGCAGCCGACGCUGAGAUUGGCGAUUGGGAGAGAUAAUGGGCAAAUUGAGAUAUGGAAUCCUCUAGGAGGAAAGUGGGUGCAAGAGACGGUGUUUCCAGGCGCAAGCAGCAAGAGCAUCGAUGGGCUGGUGUGGACUCGAGAGCCAGAUGAGACAAAUUUCGAUGGCGAACCGGUGCUGGGUCAACACAGACUUUUCAGCAUAGCAUCUUCUCCGGAUGUCACAGAAUGGGAUCUUGAGAAGGGCGCGACGAAGAAGAAGAGCACGGGAAAUUUUAGCGAGGCGUGGUGUUUUGCUGCGCAGCCGAGACAACUGCCUGGUGGGAAAGAAGAGCUGAGAUCACAAGAUUUGGUUGCUGGGUGUGGUGAUGGGUCGAUUGUGCUUCUGUCUACGGCGGACAAUGAUUUGCAAUUCCGGCGAUUUCUGGCUCGGGUGUCUGGCAAGAAGGCGAAAUGCAUGAGCAUCACCUACCAGACAAGAGAUCGGGUCGUGGCCGGGUUCGCUGACAGCAACAUCCGGAUCUUUGACACACGAAACGGCAGCAUACUGAGGACUAUGAGCUUGGGAGCAGGUGUGCCGCCAGCGCCUAAGACCAAAUUCGUCUGGAAGGUCAAGUGCUUGCCGAAUGGAGAUAUUGUGUCUGGAGAUUCGAAUGGGGACGUCGUGUUCUGGGAUGGGAGAUCCUACUCUUUGACGCAGAGGAUCAAGGGUCACGACUCUGACUGUAUCGACAUUGUCACGAGCGAGGACGGACAGACGAUUUUCACUGGCAGCUUGGACGGCAGGCUUGCGGUGUACCAUCAUCUGACGAAUCCUGCUGGCCGCAAAUCAUGGGCGAAAGCGCAUCACAGAAGGACGCACACCAAGAGCGAGGUGAAGGCCAUGGCGUCUUAUGACAGCAAGCACAUGAGCGUGGUCGUUUCCGGUGGCGGUGAUCUGGCUCCCGUCGUUACUCCCCUCCGAGAAUAUGGCAAGGAGUAUAUACGGACUCUGCCACAUCUGCCACAGCAACCUCCAGUAACAAGCGCUCGUCAGGCCAGGCUACUUGUGAGCUGGGCUGAGAACAGCAUCAGCAUUUGGAAGAUUGCACGAACACAGACUCUUGACUACACCCCAGAGGCCGAGCCACCUCGCAAAUUAGUCGCGAAGAUUGCGCUCAACACAAAGCAGACGAUCCGGUGUGCGGCAAUCUCAGACGACGGCAAGGUACUGGCCGCUGCCACAGAUGCAGAGAUCAAGGCUUUCCAGCUGCGCAAAAGACCAGACUCGGAAGUCCUCGUCCCUCGCAAGCUGGAUGUACCAAGUGCACUCAGCUCGGAAGGUGCUCGUUCGUUACGCUUUUCUCCCGACAGCAAGUGGCUAGCCAUCGUUAAGCUGGAUAACGAAGUUCACAUCGCUCGCACCGCCGCCGUCCCGGACAAGCCGAAGCACGUUCAGAUUCUGGGUCGCACAGUGGAGCUGGAACGGCGUCACAGAAAGUUGGCUUCGUUGGAUGCCUUCCGAAGCUACGAUCAGUCAAUCACACGGCUUACUUUCUCUUCUGAUAGCAGUGUCUUGGCCGCAGGCGACGUGUCUGGACAUCUCGACACAUGGGUUCUAGAAGGCAACGAAGAUCCCACUGCACCAGCAUUCGAUGUCACAGCUGAUGAUGCGAGGGGCGGUGACUCGGACAAUGACUCUUCCUCAGACAGUUCUGACGACGAGGACGACGAACUCGUGGUGUACUAUGGCCAGCACUGGGCUCAGAACCCGGCCGCACACCUCCUCCCAAAGUUGGACAGCACUCCUCUCGUUUUAUCUUUCCGGCCCACUCUCAACCAUGCAAGAUCGAAUGACUUGGUCAAUGGCAACCCUGGAGUUCACUCAACCAGGCAGAAUCCACAUGCACAUUCGCAUGAACUGCCAAAAGGCCCUUACAAGCUCUGGGUUAUGACUGCCAAACACCAAAUGUACGAAUUCGACGUCCUUGCCGGCAGAUUGACUGACUGGAGUCGAAACAACCCAACCUCAGCCUUGCCAGAGGACUUCAACAAAGUUCGAGAUCGCGUUAUCGAUGCUGUCUGGGAUGUCUCUGCUCAGCGAGAGCGGAUCUGGUUGUACGGCUUCAACUGGCUAUUCAUGCUGAAUGCCUCAGCGGACCUGCCUUCCAAAAAGCGCAGACAGAGUACCAGCGGCGGUGCAGCUGAUUUGCAAACUCCAAAGCGCGUGAAAACUAGUGGUGCAGGGAGCAAGAGAACUGCUGCCGAUCGAGACGGUCUGCCAGGAAGGGUGCUGCGCGUCGAGAAUGGGUCACAAAUGGACGUCGACCUGGACAGCCAGCAGCAACAAACAAGGCCUGAAUCUUCCGAAGUUGAUCAGGAUGACCUGGAUGACGAGGAGUCUGAGCUUCGAUUGACGCGCGUAAAGAGCACGGACGAUCAGGCUGAUUCUGGUGUUGUCGCGUCAAAGGAGAAGCCUUGGUGGUUGACGUUCAAGUAUCGCCCUAUACUAGGUGUUGUGCCAUUGGAAGACAGUUCUGUUUCGAGUACUGAGGAGGACCGAGUGCUGGAAGUUGUGAUUGUCGAACGGCCGAUGUGGGAUAUUUUGGAAGGCGCGAAAAAUGGGAAGUAG